GAUAAGAAAAGAAUAGAAAAAUUUAUAGAUUCGAUUUAAAAAUUAAGCUCAUAAAUCUUGAUUUUACAAUAUUCAAUGUAAAAUAAAAUUAAUCAUCAAUAUUAUUUCAAGUAAAUUAGCCGUAUUAUAUAGGUUAUCCUAGUGAUAAGUAGUUCACCGUAAAACAACAAUUCAACAGUUCAAAGAACAAACUCAACUAAUUAGUACUAAUGUAUACAGUCCUAUUAAAUUAGUUAUUGUCCAUUAGUUUUGAAUUUUUUAAUAUAAUCAUUUGUUUGAAGAUCAGUGUUUAAAAUUGUGUUCAAUAAGCAUUUGUUGUAUAAAUUUUGUUAUUUUUUAAACAUUAAUAUGACGUUAAAGUUUUGUGCGAAUUUAUCAUUUAUGUAUCAGGAAGCAGGUAGUCUUCUUGAAAGAUAUAGUUGGGCUGCAAAAUCCGGAUUUCGUUAUGUUGAAUGUGCUUUUCCAUAUUCUGAACCAUUGGAAAACGUAGUUCAGGCAAAAAAUGACGCAAACGUUAAACAAAUAAUUAUAAAUACUCCUAAAGGGGAAGACGAAGAAUUAGGAAUUGCAGCCAUUCCAAAUGCAGAAGAACGUUUUCAAUCAUAUGUAAAUACAGCAGUAUCAUAUGCACAGGCAUUAAAUUGUAAUAAAAUACAUGUAAUGGCUGGUAUUGUUCCAAACCCCAAUGAUAUUAAUCAUCAAACAUAUGAACAAAACUUAAAAUAUGCUUCAAAAAUUUUUGAAAAAAAUGGUAUAGUUGGAUUAAUUGAACCAAUAAAUAAGUAUUCAGCUCCUGGAUAUUAUUUGAAUUCUUAUGAACGAGCUAUUGAAGUAAUAAAUAAAAUCUGUAGUCCCAAUCUAAAAUUGCAAUUGGAUAUAUUUCAUUUGCAACAAAUUAAAGGUGACUUAACAAAUAAUAUCAAAUAUCUCUUGCCUUACACAGGACAUAUACAAAUAGCCCAAGUGCCAAAUCGUAAUGAACCAAAUACUCAAGGAGAAAUUGACUAUGACUAUAUUUUAAAUUUGUUGGGAAAUCUUGGAUAUGAAGGAUGGAUUGGUUUGGAAUACAACCCAAAGACUAAUACAGAUGACGGUUUGGUAUGGUUACAACAGCUUAAAAUAGAUAUACAAAUUUGAUGCAAUACAAUUUUUAUUAUUCAGUCACAAUUUAAAAGAAAAAAAAACUAAAACUUAUUCUACAAUCCAGAGCAUAUUGACACCAGAUUUUCCUAGGUUAACACUCUCUAACAUUCCAUUUUCAGUAGUUUUAAUAUAAUGUAGAAAUAAUAGUAUUGUAUAAAAUAAAUUAUUGCGACCCUGUAAAUAAAAUUUAAUUGUUUAAUAAAAAAGUAAAUAAAGUAUGACAAAAUAUAAAUUACU